CCGCAGCAGCUGCAGCAGCAGGAGCCCCUGCAGCGCCUGGGCCACGGGCGAAUCAGCGCGUUCCUGCUGCAGCAGCUGCAGCUGCUGCAGCAGGCGAAGCAGCAAAGAGCAGCAGCAGAACAGUUCACAAGUGCUGCUCGCAUUAGUCAGGCGCUGCUCAAAACCCUAGAAGCAAUUCCCAAGGUGCAGGCCCUGGAGGCCAAGAAGGAAGCUGCUGUUGCGCGAGACGACUUUGCUGCUGCUGCUGCAGUGCAGCAGCAGCUGCACAGCAUUGCUGCGCUGCUGCGGCGCUCUGUUGCUGCUGCGCUGCUGCUGCAGGGAGACACAGACCCUUUGGAUGCUUCUGACGACGAAGUCACUGAGGAGGAGCUGCUGCGGUGUCUCAACCAGAAAGACCCAUCAUCCCCCGCCGCAUCCUCUCCCGCAGCCGAAGGCACCGCAACAGCAGCAGCAGCAGCAGCAGCAGGUACUGCUGCAUCCGCUCCUGACGGCUGGGGGCCCCUGCUGCAGUUCUGGGGCCCCUCAAGUGUUGCUGCUAUUUUUGACAAAUCUCCAGACACCAGAGUGGAGGGUUUUAGGGCUUUGCUGCAGCGGCUACAGCAAGAAGAAGAGCUGGAGCAGCAGCAGCAGCGUGAGCGUCCCAGCUGCAGCAGCAGCAGCAGCAGCAGCAGCCGCAGCAGGGACGCAGCAGCAGCAGCAGAAAUGGCUUUUCUGCUCUUCCUGUUAAUCCUCUGA